AAAAUGUAGCCCACGUGACCAUGAUGGCGGCCAUUAGCUGAGUCGUCCUUGAGUUGUGACAGAGAGAAAGCUCGGGUGUUUUGCAAUCAAGCCCAGUGUAAUAUCCGCUAUCGGAUGCACGCGUUACAAUGUGAAUUCUUUGCUAAAUCCAUGAUGUGAGCUGACAGCGGUGUUGCAGGACUGAAAAUGGAUUCUGCAAUCCCGAUGUGGAUUGAGCUGAUGAGGAUGGGCUAGCAAUGCACUAACUGGCCUAAUAUGUGAUCGGGCAUUGACCCACCUGUGAGAUGGGCAUUUGAAACAGGGCAAGAGUUUGGUGACGAAAUGGCAUUAUUUGUCAUAAGAACCAAGUUUGACAACGACUGACCAAAUCUGACGCAAACAUUCGCUAAAGUUAAGUCGAAAUAGAUCGAAACAUGGCCUCGGAACGAUUUGACAAGGGUCGGAUCUUUCCUCAAGCUUUUGAAAGGCCGGGAUCAGAUAUUAGAAGAAUGGGAUACCUUAAGAAACUCAAGACAAACAAAAAGAAAUUUUUUGUGUUGAGGUCAACUAGUAGCAGUGGUCCAGCUAGGCUGGAAUAUUAUGAUUCUGAGAAAAAGUUCCGCAAUGGUCAACUUCCAAAGCGCUCCAUACAACUGCACACACUUCUCAACAUCAACAAGAAGUAUGACAGUAAGCAUAAAUAUGCCAUUGCCCUGUACACCAAAGAUGAUUGUUUUUCUGUGAUGGCGGACGAUGAGAGCGAGCAGGAGGAUUGGUAUGCGUUGUUGCUGGACUACCAGUGUGAAUACCUGAGAGAGGGGGACAACAAGAGAGAACACUAUGAGCAUGUGUGGCAGGUGACCAUCCAGCAGAAGGGGCUGGGGACGGGGAAGACGCUGAGGGGAAACUUCCGCCUUUGUCUCUCCAAGCAGAGCCUCAGUCUCUUUAGAAUCAACUCCGACAAACCACAGGUGUCUUUCCAGCUGGCCACAGUAAGGUCCCUGGCUCACCAUGACAAUCUGUUCCGUAUGGAGGUGGGGAGCUGGGCUCCUACUGGAGCCGGGGAGCUCUGGAUGCAUGUUGAGGAUUCAGUGAUAGCACAGAGCAUGCAUGAAGCUAUACUGAAUUGUAUGAAGGAUGCCACUGCAAUGAGCAGUUUUGACGAGUCAGACAGUUGUCGCUUUGAGAAGCGGUCGGAAAGUAUAACUAACCGCAACCGACCACACAGCCAGGACUUCCGACCUCGCACAGUCAGUGAAAGUCACACACAGAGUCCUCAUAGAGUGAGAGUGAAGCAGAUUGAUGACCAUCCACGGCCGGUGUCAACAGUCUAUCCAACCAAUCGCUCAACCUCACUGCCAGCAGAUACUAUUUCCCCAGGAACUAGUCCACUAAUGCACCUAGACAUGCACCUGGGCCCUCAUCGGUUCCGGUCCGACAGCGCGGAGUCCCGGGCAUCCCGUUCCAGUAUGCUGGCCGGAGCAGAGGACCUCAGUCCAAUGGAAUUCUUACCUCCAUCGUAUGCCGGGACAAUGUCGGAACAUUCACCCCAGGUGAUUGAUGAGGAGGAUGACAGCUACUUCGAACAGGACUUUAGUUCUCAUGACUUCCCGUCCAUCUCCUCCUCCCCUGCUGAAGUGAAAACUCCUCCGGAGGUAGAUGCUGGCCAGGCAAGCCCGUAUAUGGACAUGCGUCCCGGGAACACCACUCCUCCCACAGCCACUAGCGGGGGAGGGUAUGUCGCCAUGAACCUUGGCUCCACCCAUUCAGCUCCUCAUGAUGUAAGCACAGCCAGUGCCGAGAUUGACGCCUACAUGACGAUGGGGCCGGGGAGGACCGUAUCAGAACCUAUCCCCAUCAAGUCCGGGGUGCCUACCACGACCAGCAGUGGGGUUGGGGCUGGCGUGGGGGGCGGCGCCGGCUACAUGGACAUGAGUCACAGCUCCCAUCUCCCCACAGUCAGAGAGGGUGGCAGUAAUGAAGGCUACCUCCCCAUGACCCCGAACAGUGGACAGAGUCCCAUAGACAGUAGCCACCUGCGCCCCGAGCCGGCCGUGUAUAUGUUGUCGGAUGAUGCCAGUGAGUUCCCUAAGAGAACAUAUUCUCUGGGCAGCAGACCGCCUACCAAGCCCACUGCCAGGAUCCCAAAUGUGCAUGACCCUGUUCCAAUCAAGCGUGGAAUCUUGGAUAAUGAUGGUCGAAGUUGUAGUGCACCUCACCUCAUCACUCACCGAGGUCGAAGUCUAAAUGUGGAGUCUCCUACUCCUAGUGCCAGCCCUCUCAGUAUGUCAUAUAAAUCAGAGUCAUCUUACAGAUCUGAUGAUUCUGAUUCCUUCAUGGAGCUGGACUUCCACCGACCUCGCACAGCCAGUGACAGUCAUGGCUACCGCCCCCGAGCAUCCAGCUUUGGCAAGUCCCCCAUGCAGGCAUUGCAGGGUCAUCGACCCCGGUCAUCUAGUUAUGGACAGAGUGCUCGGACAUACAAGCUGAAACAUGGAGCAAGACUGGGAUCUUAUGAAUCUGUGAGAACUACAUCUCAAGAGCUGCUACAUAAAUCAUCCAUAGAUUCAUUGAGUCAUCGUAGCUCGAGAGAUUCACUUAGGGUAUCUUCUAAUGAGUCAUUGAGGAAAUUGUCAGAGGAACUGAGAACAAAGACACACUUGUUAAACACGGACUACAUUGACAUGUCAGUGGAGAAGCGUAAGACUCCCUCCCCUCAGCCUCCGAAUCGAGGGCGGGAGAACGGAUACAUGGACAUGACCCUAGGUAGUCGCACAACCUCCCCAAGUCGGAGCAAGUCCUCGCAUGACUCAGGUAACACCAGUAAGUCCCAGAGCUCAGAGAAGCUUCAUGUCCAGGGGCAUUUAGAAGACACAUACAUCAAUGUGGAACCUUCUGAAAUGACCUCUUCAUCUUCAUCAGGGUCUGCCUAUAUCAAUUUAGACCUUCAAGAUCAAGGUCAAGGUCAUCAUGCUCGGCAUUCAGGUUCUGUUCAAAGUCAGUGUCGAUCAGAUUUCAAAGGCUCGGACAAAGUGAAACAGACAAAUGAAACCGCCGAUUCCUAUGUUAUGUAUGAACCGAGUGUGAAGGGUGGUGGGCAUGCAGCUGACGAGGGUCAUCAGCCAGUGACAUUGAGACAUGGAAGUGGAAGUACAGACUCCCUGAAGAAGAAGUCCAGGCAGUCUGGAAGCCAAGAGAAAAGCAAAAGUAGAGAUCACCGACGUAAAAGUGGGGUAUCUUCUUCGAAGAGGAAGUCUCACAUUGAUGAAACUAGAGAUGUUCAUGUUUCCAAGGUGAUACAGUCGUCCCAUGUGACGAAGAGAGACUCUUCUGCUGCUGCCGCUGGUGAUGAGUACGUAGUGUUUGCUCCAGCAGGACAUGCUGCGAAAGGAGCUCCUUCAGGCUCGAAGACAGACAGAUCCAGAAGUGAGCCUAUACGUGCUGAAUCUGAGUAUGUAGGCUUCGAACCAGGGAAUCUAAGCUCUGGAUCAGGGUUCUCUAAACCCCAACCAGUGAAAUCAUUCUUUUCUUCUGGGACAAAAUCUGAAAAAGAGCCACCAAAAUCUGCCUCAGGAGAUUCACGGGUAACAACAUCUCAAAGUGGUCUUGCUUCAUCCAAAUCUGCGAAAGCAGAAGAAAGUGACUAUGUGUUAAGUUCCCCAAUAGGGAGCACCCCUAGCAUACCUAAAGGGGGAGACAAUCAGGGUGACUAUGUACUCAGUUCUCCUUUAAAAAGUUGUGCACCCCCCACCUCGGGGACGGGGGAUGCCAGUGACUACAUGGUUAGUGCUCCUGUGAGACACACAGGUACAUUUGUUCGGGAUGAGGGGAAGAAGAAAGCCUCAGGUUGUGUUGGUGAUGCUGCAGCAGCUACUCGGAAGAAGUGUUCCAAUAUAGUCCCACAGUCUGCCAGUAGCGCAUAUUGUAACUUACAAAUUUCUCAGAGAACAAUGGCAUGUCAUGAGGGCACAUCCGUGGAUCCUCCAUUAUCUAAUACUGACAAACUGACUCAACAGAAUACAGGAGAAAUGUACAGUGGUAUUGCACCUAGUGGAGUCAGAGAAAUACCAAAGCCUCAGUCCAGAGUAGAGACUGUGAAGUCCCCAUCAGGAAACAGGAAGGAAUUUGAAGGGACGAGAGCCAAGCAUUGUUCAGGAAGUGCUGUUACUGCUUCCCCAGCACCUGCUAAGACUGCUGGCAUGUCAGGAGGUGAAGGUGAACUCAAGGUCAAGGAUGGUCAGUUUCUGGAAGAACCAAAUGCCAAGACCUUGACCCGCCCAGGGAGCACACCGGCCAUGCUGACCUUGGAUGAGACCCAGUCCAAACCGGCUGCUACCGGGGCCACACUCAGUGUUGAUCCAAAUCCUCGUAGUCGGCACAGCAUCAGUGAUCUCAGUGCGUAUGAGCAGAUGACGUUCCCUAGCAACACGCUGUCGUCACAACAACACUCAUCUAGCAACACACUGUCGUCACAACAAAACUCGUCUGGCAACACACUGUCCUCGUCACAGCAAUUGGCAGCCAGCAGUGAAAAGGUGCUGAAUUAUGCCUCUCUAGAUCUUGGAUCUUCUGAGGCCGUGGGUGACAGUGACAGUAACUUGCGCUCACCACGGACAAAAAGUCGCCAUUGUUCUGCUGCUGACGAUAAGGGGGAGCCACCUCUUUCUUAUGCUCAGAUAGACUUUGAGAAAUCAGAGACUCUGAAAGCUGCAGCUGGAAACAAGGAUGUUAAGUUUACAUUAUGAGCUGUUAAUUUGUUAAUUGAUACAAGAGUCAUUUUGUCUUCAUAUUAGAAUUGAAUCGCAUUAUAAUCAGAUCUUAGUGCUCACUUCCGCUACACAAAGACCUGAGGACACCCAUUACAGGUCGUGUCAGAAUCACCUUUCAAAUACCGACAAAUAAAUGACUAACGAGAAGUCAACAUUAGCCAAUCAGAAAGCAGCUCACUCCAUUUCUAAAGUUCUCAAUUCAAAAUUUGAAAACUGAAUAUGAGACAAUUCUGAAAUGUCUAAUAGAUGGCCGAGAUAGUAUGGCUGCACUCUUUCAUUCGAAAUGUUUAUUCCACUGAAGCGAGAGACAGACGAUGAUUUUGAUGUUCGGAAUACCCUGUGAUAACCUUUUUGAGGUUGCAUGAUUAAAAAACACAUUCUGACUCACUUUCCAAGUCUGGUAAGCGAUGUUCUGAUUGGUCGGAUGAAAAGUCAUUCAGAUGUGACCCUUAGUGGGAUGUCUGCAGAUCCUUGUUUAGUGGUAGCAAACACUAAGAUCUGAUUUUAUUGAGAUUGUAUUAGAAUUUCUCUUCAGUGGGUUUCUCUCACAAUGAUAAAUUGUCGACUGCCUAGGAGAAGCAAGUUCAACAUAUCCUGUCAUCUGGAUGCUAUAUUUGGUGUGAAUGUGUGCUGAUGUUACUGAUUCUAUAUGAAAUUGCUUUUGUAAUGUGGCUCUUGUUGGUAGGGCAUGGCCAGCUCUUCUAUACCGUCAGAGUGUUGACGAGAUCUCCUGUAUAUGUGGCCGGCGUGACAGUGCAGGGAAUUUUUAUAUAUUAAAUCUAUUCAUUUAGUUAUUUAAAUAUAUCUUAAACUGCAAUAUAUUGCUGAGUAGCCUCAUUUGUUUAUUACCAUGUGACCUUGAACUGUGAGAUUGAUGUCAGCGUCAACGCACAUAAACAUGGCAUGGUUCAAUAUUCUCUGCUGAGAUUUAACUCUGCAUAUCAAAUAUGUUCAUACCAAACACUAUUCUACUGCUUGUUAGCUCACCUGGCCUAAGGGGUCAUGUGGAUUUGUGUCAUGAUGAGUCAUCCAUUGUCACAUGAUUUUUCGUAAGGUUUAAUUUCACUUGAGCGGCUAUUGAGCUAAAAUUUGCAGAAAUGUGGUGACUUCUCUUUAGAUUGUAAAUUGAUGCUGGCCCAUAUGGCAACUACAGCAGCCAUAUUGGAUUUCAUAAAUGAACUUCUUUUCUAAACUCUUGAGUUCGUUUGGCUUAUUUCGCUGCUAUGUAAUACCUCGUGGCACCACUAGAGUAGUGUUCUUUCGCAAUUUCACUCAAGCCAAACCAAAACAACAGCGACUGUGAAGUCUUGUGCAGACAUUCUUGUCACAUUUUGGGUGUCCUCUUGUGAUUUUUGUACCUGUCUGUAAUCCAAUAUGGCCAUCAUGACAGCCAUAUUGCAGGGAAGGGAUUCUUACCCACUAUUCUGAGGCAGUCUGCCCCACAUUAAUCCUUUGGGUAAAACAGAAAAAGUAAAAAAUUGUUUGUUUGCCCAAUUGUUAUCACAUUAUUUCGGCGAGUGUUGAGGAAUUUCAACUGAUAUCCCAAUAUCGACUUUCAUUCAAGAUUGUGUGCCGUGGAUCUUAAACACCUUCCUUCCUCAAGUUAGUUAAUCAGUCAGAGCUAGUAAGCAAAAGGGCUUUUUAUAUAUUUAUAUAUGACAUUUAAGGCGUUGUGCUGGCACAAUAUGAACCUAUAGGAAUGAUAAUAGAAUGUGUUUGGGGAAAAGCUGUUGAUUUUAACCUUGGAAAUGAUAUUUGUAUUUUUAAUGUGUUUGUGGUUAUGAUUUUGAUUAGCUGUUUGAUAAAAUAAUGAUUAACUGUAGCGUAUGAAAUGUAGAAUUUACUCCCAUGUGAGGCAAACCUUUCUCCUGAUUAUUGGACUGAACCACUGAUGAUUGAUUUAUCAAGAUGAUAAGCCCUAAAAACUUUGAGGCCCAAAAUUCUGGUUGGCAAGUUGAAAAAAAUAUAUUAUAAAAAAAUCCAAUUUGAAAUAUUUUGUUUUGAUUUCCUCAAAGUGUUUAAAAAAAUGGGAGGCAGGAAAAGUGUUUUAAAUGAUUUAUGCAUAUUGAUAGCAACAGUAAAAAAGUUGGUAUGUUUUAGCAUUUUACUAGUUUCUGGUCAACAGAAUGAAAAAACCCUGCUGCUUAUUUUAUUUUAUUUUUCAAUUUUAGAUUUUUUCGAGUUGGCAGAUUUGUAGACCAAGUUUUAAUGAAUUUUCUGGCCUAAGGAGAAAUCAAGGUGAAUCCUGAUAUCACAGAACAGCAAAAAAACAAUGGUAAACCUGGCUAAAUCUCAUGCACCAUCAUAACAUGAGACCUGAGAGGUAGUUGUUCAGUCUGAUAGUUGUGAUAGAGUGCUUGCUGUUGCUCCACAAGGGGGCCUAAAUCCAUCUGUUGUUAUGACAACAGAGAUCUUGUCCCCAGUUCCUUGUUUCUCUAGGGUCUCACUGUUGCCUCCUAUAUUGUUACGGGUGCCAAACAUGUAUCUGUUACCAUGGUUACUGUUAAUUUUUAAUGGCACACUAUUAAAGUUGAAGUUUGUUGAUCAUGAAAGAUAGCAGACAAAUUAUUUACCGGUUGCAGUAUAUUUUCAGCCACAAGUGCAUUGUAAGUUGUGUUCUCUGCUGUGCUGUUCCGGGGGGAACUCGGACUAGCGAUGAUUUAUAUUUUGUAAAUGUUAAAAUAUGAAGAAACAUUGCAGGGAAAACCCAGCACCGUAUUUUGUGCACUUUUAAUCAGUUGUGUUUUGUGAAUGAGUACCGAUCUACCAAAGAUGACCAGUAUUGGAUGAAAUAUUGUACUAUUGGAAUUGUUGAAUUUGACGAAAUUAAUGAUGGUAAUGUGCUAGAAAGGGCUGAAACUAUAUAUAUGUUCAUUAUUGAUAUUGCUAGACUGUAUCACUGUCUGCACAGUAUAUGAUGGAAAGACUUGGUGAGGAGUUUGUUGUUUGCAAUGCUGAUUUCUACACUUAAAUGGUCACUAUGCUGAUCGACUGAUCCAGAGAAGUUUGAAUCUGUGUAUGCCAAUCUGAUUGGUUAUUUAAUUGUUCCUUUGAACUGUUUGGCUGAUCAAAGUGUGUCCUUGGAUGUGAUUGGCUGAUGUUUUGUUACCUUGGAAUUGAUUGGCUUGUUGAAUCAUCUGCUUCUAAAACUUUUCCAAGUGUAUGGCUGCUAGACAUGUAUAUUAUAUAUAUUGUUCUUUUGUUUGCUUUACUUGAAAUGAGUAUGAUCAUUAUUGUCUGAAAGUUCUAAGUUGUGUUGGUCCAAAUAAUUUACAAAGUUUUAUAUGGUUGUUUGAUUUUAUUGGUGAACGUGAAGAAGAAAAAUGUUGCCUGAGAUAAACAUGGGAGACUCGUGACCAAGCCAGUUGAAGCUGGAGCCCAUUGUAUACAGGCACCACAUGGGACGUUAUUGUUUUGAUAACCAAUGCAUAAAUAUCACCUCUAAUUGAACACAGUUUCACACAGUAUAUUUAACAUUUAAUCUAUGAAGAGGAGUGAUAGUGAGUGAAUAGGGUUUUAAGCCACUUUUAGCAAUAAUCCAGCAAUGUCAUGACAGGGACACAAGAAAUGGGCUUCACACAUUGUACCAAUGUGGGAAAUCAAACCUGGGCUUUCGUUGUUACAAGCAAAAGUUUCAAUGAUGAAGCUUCCCUGCAGCCCAAGAAUUAAUCAAAUCAUGGUAAUUGUUAAGUCUUUGAUUGGCAUUUAUAUGUGAAACAGAUAAGGAAAGGUGAUGAAGGAGUAAGUAUAUACUCCGAAAUGUUGUAUUCCUCAUAAUAAAGAAGUUGACAUCUAUAAAUUGUAAUUGUUCUUCAGCGAGUCGGAUACAUUUAUGAAAUUCAUAAUUGUUUGUAUCAGUUUCACAUUUAUUUCUGAACCAUUUUUGAACAACUAAGGUUGAAUGACCUCACUGAAAUGGCUACUUCAGGAAGAAAGAUAACGAUGUGAUGUAUGCUUGAACUAGGCCCCAUGCAUGAGAGUGUCUGCGAGAUAUUUGCAACACUAUAUUGGUAAUGCAAUCAUGUGUCUUACACAUGUACACAUGAUGUGACAUGCAGUAAGAAAGGUGGAACUAGCUUGGUGGAAAACAUCAUGUAAUAUAUAUGACUGUAAAAGAGCUUUACAAUUUCUCAGGUAAACGUCAGACUUGCGUCCAGAUAGUGCCAGUGUUUUAUUAUAUUUGCUAGCUGCUAAUAUAUCCCCAGCCCCGAGUCUUUGCAUGUAGACCUGUCCAUAGACAUAGUGUCCUUUGAUGGAGACAGAAGAACAGUUGCUUCAAAGACUUUUCUUAAAGGGAGCAAAGUAUGUUUUAGAUAAAAUUUUUGUCAUUUUAAUACGUGUGCUCCAGAUCCCCCAGAUUUGACACAUCCUUAGAAACAAGAUUUUCGAUUUUAGCCUUUUAAGGUUCCUGUGUAUAUUCUCUGCCUGUGAAAGACUGGGUGUCUCGUGUCUCUUUCACUGCAAACAUCAUGUACCACAUAUACUUGUUGCUUUGCUCUUACAGCUUCUUUAGGUUUAAGUUCUUGAUAAUGUAGUCGUUCCAAAUCCUUAAAUAUAACUUUAAAAUGUAAAAUUUCAUCACAGCAAGAAUUUAUUUCUUCACGAAAGGCAUGUAAGCAACAGUUAUGGAAUGCAACUUCAUUGCAUAUUAAUGCAUGUGUACCAGCAAUGGUCUCUUUUAGUGUGAAGUACUACAAUUAACAACUCUAUUAAACUUACACAACUCUCUAACUAUCCAUUCAAACAAACUACGUAUGACUUUCUCAGAUCAGGCACAGCAGAUUCCAUCGUUUCAGGAGAUGUUUACCUGUGUGAAAAAGGCACAGGUGUUUUACAAGCUAAUGUUUUAGUACCUUGCAAUAAAUUCAUCUUGAUUAGUGAUGAUUGUUGAUAGAUCUUGAUUUCCUGUUGUCAAUGAGUUAUAUAUUUUAUGUCAGAUUUUAUGAUGGAUAUGUUUUUUAUUUCUGUUGUGAAACAUGCAAUGCCACUCAAUGCCAUGUUGUAAAUGUAGUCACAUAAGGAUUUUAUUUGUAUUUUAUGAUUGUCAAUUUCAAAAUAUAUUACAUCAUGUGCCCAUUCCCAAUCAAAGCAUAAUAUUGUUUCUAACAACAAUAGAAUAAUAGAAAUCUCAUUUGAAAUUUACUUGGCUCAUCAAUGUGAUUUUUUAGUGAUUCUGAGUGUCUUUGACUCCGAAAUUUGCAUAUUGUCGUGUUUACAAAUGUACAUAACUGCAUAAUUAAACCGGACAGUAUACAUAACAAAGCUAGGUAAGAAUUCAUUAAUUCUUUGUCAAUGUUUUAGAGUUUAAUUUUUUUCUUAAAUUUACUUUUAACAAUAUUAUUUUUAAAAUCAACUUUCAGAAGCUUGUUUUGAAUUCAAAAUUCACUUUUAUGAUCAUAUAUCUGUUUUUAUCUAUAAGAAGAGACACACCUACUGACCACUACAGUUUUCAUAUAGCCCUCUUUGUCGUCCAAGUUCACAUUGAUUCCAAACUCUACAACUUCUACUACUUCAGUUAUCCAGAGAACAUUGAACAAUGGUUGUCACAUGGUGUAUGUAUUUGGAAGCAAGGCGUCUAGCAGCCAUACAAGUUUGUGUACAUGUCAGCAUGAUUCUGCCGGCCUGAGAGCUGGCUGGCUAGCUGGGGGACAGUCCGAGGAAGUCAUUCCCUGUAUGUUCUCAUUACCAGAAAGUGAAUGUCAUGUAUACAUACAA